CAACAACACAAGAAUUUUUUUUUUUUGCUUAAUGAAAACAUUAAUAUUAAUUGUCUUUUUAAAUUAUUUAUAUAAAUGGAUAAUCUACAUUCAUUAAACAUUGAAAAGAUCUGCCGUGUUUGUUUAUUGGAAAAGACCGUCCUUACACCUCUGUUUGGGAAUAAUUUAGCAAGUAUGUUAAUGGAAUUGACAGCAAUAAAUGUUGAGCAAGAUGACAAUUUACCUAAAGUUGUGUGUGAAUUGUGUGCCAAUGAAAUCGGCCAUUGGUACACAUUUAAACAGCAAGUGAGAAGUAACGAUUCGAUUUUGAGAUGCAUUAUGUUGGAAAAACAGAAAAUCGAACGUCAUGAGUAUAUUGCACAGAAUAUCGUUACUACAUCUGAUGCAAACAUAGAUCUGAAACCGAAUGAUUCGUUUCAAGAUGGUGUCCCUGAUAACUUUACUUGUGAUACUUGCAAAAAACAAUUAAAAACGAUCCAUUCAUUACGUAGACAUGUUAAAAUACAUUCUGGAGAGAAACCUCACAAAUGCACAAUUUGCAAUAAGAGUUUUGUUGAACAUGGUAAUUUAACAAAACAUUUACGCAAACAUACGAAAGAUAAAAAGCACCAGUGCAAUGUGUGCGGUCUUCGAUUUUAUGAGAGGAACAAACUUGUAAUACACAUUCGGACGCAUACUGGGGAAAAACCUUUCACUUGUAAAGUGUGUUCUCGUCCUUUUGCUACUCCAGCUCAGGUGAACGUACACAUGAAAGUAAGUUCGCACACUGGAGACAGACCUUACACGUGUGAUGUAUGCCAAAAAUCCUUUCCAUACAGUGGCUCUCUAGUCAUCCACAAGAAAAUUCACAAAGGCGAACGAUCUUACAGUUGCCCCGAAUGCAAGAAAUCCUUUUCACAGAAGGUAAACUUGGAAAGUCACAUUCGCACCAAGCACACACGCGAGUGUCCAUUCUUAUGUGAAGAAUGUUGCAACGCUUUUCCUACUAAAGAACAACUUAAGAAUCACAUCCGCCACCAUACGGGCGAAAAGAAACCAUUAAAUCACAUUUGUUCGGUGUGCCACAAACAAUUUAGCACAUCGGGAGAGUUGAAAAUUCAUUUGAGGAUACACACUGAUGAAAGGCCGUAUCAGUGCGAUUUUUGUGGCAAAAACUUCAGAGCGUCUUCCCACAUGACUUCGCACAGACGAAUACACACUGGUGAGAAGAGGCAUAUAUGCAAGUAUUGUGGGAAGGCGUUUAGAGAAUCUUCCACUCUUAAAAUACAUGUUCGGAUUCACACAGGGGAACGUCCAUAUUCUUGUCAAAUUUGUGCUACAAGUUUUACACAAAGAAAUACGUUGAAUAUGCAUAUGAAAAUUCACAAAAAUCGAAUUAAGACGUCAACGGAAAACAUGUAAUACCUACUAAUAUGAUAUUGCGUAUAAAAAAUGUAGAAAAAUUGUUAUGAUCUCUUCUGAUAUAAUUAUUGUUCAUAAUUGUUUUAAUUUUAUGUAAUAGAUUAGAUAAUCGUUCAA